UGGGACCCAGAUCUUUCCAGUUAAUCACACAACAAACUUAGAUCAUCGCAAUAAAAAGCUCGGCUCACUCUGCCUCCUCGAGUGACCAGCGGUGCACGGGGUCCUUCCGAGGAGCCAUCUCCCCUUCUCCUCCCCGCCAGCCGCCGGGGGGGCCGCCAGCACCAUGCGGGCCACCCACCUCCUGCCAGCCUUGCUGCUCCACCAGCUGCUGCUGCUGCCCACCGCCAUCCCCGCAGCAGAGGGUAAAGGGAAAAAGAGAAAUCCUCUUCAUGACUUCAAAAAAACAGGAGAGUUGAUGCUCAUUAAAGUAAACAAAACACUGGAAGUAAAAACUAAGCUGUUAAAUACCACAGAGCAAUGCGCAAAGAGAUGCAGCAGGAACAAGGGCCUUUCAUUCCCUUGCAAGGCCUUUGCUUAUGACAGAGUUACAAAACGGUGCCAUUGGUUAUCCUUCAACAGCUUGACAAAUGGUGUGAGAAAGAAGCAAGACCAUGCGUUUGAUCUGUAUGAAAAGAAGGACUAUGUCAGAAAUUGUAUCAUUGGAAAAGGAGCAGACUAUAAGGGAACAAUAUCUGUUACCAAAAGUGGUAUCCAGUGUCAGGCCUGGAAUUCAAUGAUCCCCCAUGAGCACAGCUUUUUGCCUUCGAGCUAUCGGGGAAAAGACCUGAGGGAAAACUACUGUCGAAACCCUCGAGGGGAAGAGGGAGGCCCUUGGUGUUUCACCACCAGUCCAGAGACACGCCAUGAAGUCUGUGACAUCCCCCUCUGCUCAGAAGUUGAAUGCAUGACCUGCAAUGGAGAGAGUUAUAGAGGGCCAAUGGAUCAUACCGAGACGGGCAAGGAGUGUCAGCGCUGGGAUCUUCAGAGACCACACAAGCACAAAUUUCGUCCAGAGAGAUAUCCUGACAAGGGCUUUGAUGAUAAUUACUGCCGCAAUCCCGAUGGCAAGCUGAGACCAUGGUGCUACACUCUUGACCCUAACACCCCCUGGGAGUUCUGUGCAAUUAAAACGUGUGACGAAAGUGUGGUGAACAGCACAGAGGCGGCAGCUGAGACGACAAUGUGCGUUCGGGGACAGGGUGAGGGUUACCGUGGCACCGUCAGCACCAUAUGGAGUGGGACCCAGUGCCAGAGGUGGGACUCCCAGUUUCCUCACCAGCACAACAUCACUCCCGAGAACUUCAAAUGCAAGGAUUUGAGGGAGAACUACUGCCGAAAUCCAGAUGGAUCUGAAUCACCCUGGUGUUUUACCACUGACCCAAACAUCCGUAUUGGUUAUUGCUCCCAGAUUCCCAAGUGCGAUGUAUCAAAUGAACAAGAUUGUUAUCGUGGCAAUGGCAAGAGUUACAUGGGGAAUCUAUCCAAGACAAGAUUUGGGCUAACUUGUUCCACAUGGGACAAAAAUAUUGAAGACUUACGUAGGCAUAUACAAAUAUUCAGAGAACCAGAUGUUAGUAAACUGAAGAAAAACUAUUGCCGCAAUCCAGAUGAUGAUUUUCAUGGUCCCUGGUGUUACACAGAUGAUCCUCUUGUUCCCUGGGAUUACUGCCCUAUUUCUCGAUGUGAAGGUGAUACAACUCCUACUGCAAUCAGUUUGGAUGAUACUGCCAUUCCUUGUGCCUCAACAAAACAUUUGAGAGUUGUAAAUGGAAUCCCAACACAAACUAACGAAGGAUGGGUGGUUAGUUUGACAUACAGGAAUAAGCAUAUCUGUGGUGGUACUUUGAUAAAGGAAGAGUGGGUUCUUACAGCAAGACAGUGUUUCCCUUCUCGGUACAAAGAUUUGAAAGACUACAAAGCCUGGCUUGGAGUCCAUAACAUCAAAGGAAAGGGAGAGGAGAAGCGUAGACAAGUGCGGAAUAUCUCCCAGUUGGUAUAUGGCCCUGCAGGGUCAGAUUUGGUCUUACUGAAACUUAGCAGACCUGCUAUAUUGACAAAUUUUGUAGAAAUAAUCCGAUUGCCCAUUUCUGGAUGUACCAUUCCAGAGAAGACCAGCUGCAGUGUUUAUGGAUGGGGAUACACUGGAUUAGUUAACUAUGAUGGCCUUCUCCGAGUAGCAAACCUGUUUAUUUUGGGAAAUGAGAAGUGCAACCAAUAUUUCAAAGGGAAGAUCACUGUGAAUGAGUCUGAAAUCUGUGCUGUGGCUGAAACCAUAGGUGCUGGGCCUUGUGAGCGAGAUUAUGGUGGUCCCUUGGUUUGUGAACAAAACAGGCUGAAGAUAGUAAUUGGUGUCAUUGUUCCUGGCCGUGGAUGUGCCAUUCAAAAUCGUCCUGGGAUUUUUGUUCGAGUCUCAUAUUAUUCCCGGUGGAUACACAAGAUUAUGAUGACCUACAGAAAACCCUGAAAAACUCAACAACUUCCACUGAAAGAUUUUGGACAGCAUGUAACUAAUGUGUAAUGUAAAGAUCAACAAUUUUUUAAGUACUUGAUAGUCAAGUUUGUUGAGCUUCUUUUAAUAUUUAUGGGUGUUUUUGGUGUUUUUGUCUAUCAGUGUUGUUUUAUAAAUGUUGGAGUGACUUACAAUAUAUGCAAGUAUGAUGACAUAUCUCCUGAAGAUACUUGAAUGGAUAAACAAUUUUGCAAAGACAUUAUUACUGGAUGAUAAAUGGUUUUGUAGAAAUAGAUCGUAUGACCUCUUUUAUGCUGCUCUUCAGACUAUAUUAGAAGGAGAAACAAAUUAUAGUUCUACUUAACACAUCUUAUUCUUUCUAUGAGCCAUAUAUUUCUCUUCAUAUAUGACAAAAGCCCUACUGAGAGAUAUAUGCAUCUGUCAAGGACAGCAUUUAUGAUCAUAUUUCUCUUUCCCCCUUAUAAGAGGUCAAACAUUUCAGUAUUUUAUUAAAAAAUAAUAUCUUUAGUAAGUAACCUUUUCAUUUUUGAUGGACUUUGACAAGCCUGCCAUAAGCAGAGUUCUCAUAGAAGUCACUACCACUCUCUUUUACACAGUGCUUACAGACUAGUUCUGCACUUGGUUCCUUCACUGUAUAUGUGGUCCUGUAAUAGAUAUCUCAAACCCCAUUUGGGUUAGCAAAAUAUUGAUCAUUUUGGCCCAGAAAUAACUGUGGAUUUACAAUGCUAAAGAUAGUUUGAAAAAGUAAUCCUGAUUAGCUACUGGAAGACUUUAGGCAUUAAAAGAAAUUUAAAUCAAAUAUGCCCAAAUCUUUCUAAACAGAAAAGUAUUAAAAAUUCUCUGGUUCUAUUUAUUUCAUGAAACUCUGCAUUUACAGCAGGAAAAAGAACAGUUGAACCUGGCACCUGGCUGACAGACUUAAGACUGGGAAAAGUAAGUUAUACAUUAAUAGUUGAGAACUUCAAUAAAACCUUAACUAGAUUUGGACAAAAUUCUUUCUUUUGUAUAAUUCCUUUCAGGAUAAUAAAACAAUUGCAGAGAUUGAUAUGAUCUUUUAUUUAAUAUGGACAACAUCACCAAUAGUUUUGUUGCUUGUUUCCUGCCUUUGUAUAGGACAACCAUUUUCCUUUAUGCUGACAGGG